CUAUGGCUGUCCUGGCUUUUUGUGAGGCAGCCUUGGCGGCCCUCCAGGGCCCUCUUUUAGGCCGUCUUGGGGGUCCGUAGCCAUUUUGGCUCAGGCCGUGGCGUGCUCACCGCUGGCGCACUCCCGGGUCUCUGUUUUGAGCCGCGCGCCUGGGCGCGGCGGUGCGCCGACACACGCUCACACACACACACCACUGCUUCACUGUCUUGCUCGCCAUGUCGAGUCGUGCCUCGCUCGUGGCCCUGUCCUUCGCCCUGCUCGUGGGCGUGCGAGGCGCCGCCGCUUCCGACCAGUUGCCCAAGGGCGUCGUCGAGCUGGCCGCGAGGCAGGCCGAAGGCGUGAAGCAGGAGUGGCCGUGCAUCUGGCCCCUCUGCAAGAGGGGCGCGGCGGAGGAGAAGAAGGCGCCCACGGACUUCGUGCCGAAGACGGCGGCCGAAGCGCACCGGAGGUUCGACGAGGAGCAGGCGGCGAAGGAGAGGGCGGCGAAGGAGCAGGCCGAGGCCGAACAGGCGGCGCAGGAGGCCGCUGCGAAGGAGGCGGAGGACUCCUUCUACCAGGAGCAGGAGGCGCUGGAGAUCGCGGCCUACAUCCCCUCUGCGCAGAAGUAGGUCGGCCAGACAUGCGCCUCGAGGUUUCUAAAACGGUCUGUGUUGAGGUGAACUGAGCGGCCAAGUCGCCAACACGUAUGCAUUUUAGGCCGUCUUGGGGCUCUCUUGGGCCGUUUUGGGGCCCUCUUUGCAAUACCUGUGCUUAUUCAGAAGGCUUGCGCCAUCUCACCGGCACUGCAUAGAUUUCGGGCAUGAGGGGAGCGACCACCCAGACGAUUCAUUCUGAGACACUGGCACACGAGCGUGCCUGUGCAGUCCCCGAUCGUGCUUUGUCGAGCGAUGCGCGCUUCGCCAGGUACAGUCCGCUUGCUUGUGGACGUCGAUCACUGGUUCCGCCAGGCUGCACCCGGACUGCGGUGCCGCGCGCGGUCGUGGAGUGCCCCAGCAGCUUUCGCUAAAGGGCGCUGUGCUGUGCUAGAGAGGCAGCGUGACAAUAUUCGAAGAGCAUCGGAGCUCAACGCAAGUCGCUGGGCGUACACAGCAGUGGACUUUUUGGGGCCAGCAUCGGAGUGGGCUGUCGGAGGAGGCAGGAG